AGUGUGGGGUUGGUGGGUUGCUGAGGGGAGGGGGUGUCUUUCUCUUCCCACUCGAGGAACUCGCAAAUCCUGCCCGGAGUUUCUCCGCUCAGCCCUGGGUUGCAACAUGGGGACGCACCCCCGAAAGCGUUGGGGCAACCGGCCCGCCCUGGCCUCGUUAGCACCGUAAUUAGCGACGGGAGCGUCUCAGCAGUGGGAGCUGCCAUGGAGGGAGCAGCCCACGCCAAAGUGUUUCUCCGGAGGAAAAGUCAGCUUGAGAAUACGCGUUAAGAGAAAGGCGGAGAUACUGAACAAUUUCAAAAAGCACGUUUUGCCAAGCAAAGAUUAAAAAAGCCUUUUUCCCUCCGGCAUGGGACGCCCAGGGCGGCGCGGCCGGGCGGUGCGAGGGGCAGGGCCGGCUCCCGCCUUUGUUUCCCCGAGGGGCGGCUGAGCGCCGUUCUCGUCCCGCUUCUGCCCCUUGACCCCUCCUGGGCCGCUCCCGGGACUCGGCGGGUGCCCGGGGGCUGGGAUGGGGGCAGGAGGGGUGGUGUGACGGCAAACAAUCGAUCUGCGCCGAUCUCCGGAUUCGCGGGGGCGCCGGGAGGCCGCUCCGCUGCCGCGGGGUGAGGCGCGGCGGCAACGACGAUCGGCGGAAAGACCGCGGGGGCGGCGGGGACCUCCAGCCCAGACCACUGCAAGCAUUCUCGAGCCUGCUGCUUUUCAGAGGUGUUUAUCUUCAUGAAGGAAGGAUAUAUGAGAGAAGAUCCAAUUUAGAUCUGUUCACUUCAAGAUGCCACAAAAGGAAAAUACUCAUCUGCAAGUCUCAUCUUUCCAAACUAUCUGCAUUCUUUCAAUCAAAGAGAAACGUUUUUUGAGAAAGAUGACUUGUGAAAUCUGUGAACGAAGCUGAAUGAAAGACAACAUGCCUUACAAUGGACACUUAUCUUGAAGGGUUAACACUGUGCUCUUGAACUAAAACACAGGCACUGUAAACACACCGAUCCUGAGCAAAAACAAGGGAUAUAGAAACUGCAUCAGAAUGUUUGUUAGUUCCAGGAAAGUCAGAAAAUGCCAUUUUUUGCAGAUAUUUGCCACUUGCUUCAUACUGUGUCUCAUGAUUUUUUGGGAACCAUUUGAUAAUCACAUUGUGAGCCACAUGAAGUCCUAUUCAUACAGAUACCUCAUAAAUAGCUACCAUUUUGUGAACGACAGCCUGUCUAUCAACAGAGAUAAUUUGGUCAGAGUAUCAAGCUACCAGUACUUGAUCAACCAUAGAGAGAAAUGUCAGCAGCAGGAUGUCCUCCUCCUGUUGUUCGUGAAGACUUCUCCUGAAAACCGUCAUCGGAGGGAUGCGAUUAGACAGACUUGGGGUAACGAGAAGUAUGUUCAUUCUCAACUUAAUGCCAACAUUAAAACUCUCUUUGCUUUAGGACGACCAACAGAUCAUCUACAGCAAACACAGCUGCAAAGAGAACUUAAUCUGGAAGACCAGAAAUACAACGAUUUGAUUCAGCAAGACUUCUUGGAUACUUUUCACAAUCUUACACUUAAAUUGCUUUUGCAGUUUAGCUGGGUGAAUGCCUACUGUCCUCAUGCCAGGUUCAUUAUGUCUGCAGAUGAUGAUAUCUUUAUCCAUAUGCCAAAUCUUGUUGCUUAUCUCCAAAGUCUAGCACAAAUGGGUGUUCAGGAUCUCUGGAUUGGUCGUGUCCAUCGUGGAUCCCCUCCCAUAAGAGACAAGAGUAGCAAAUACUAUGUUCCAUACGAAAUGUACCAAUGGCCCUCUUACCCUGACUACACAGCAGGAGCUGCAUAUGUAAUAUCAAACGAUGUAGCAGCCAAAGUAUACGAGGCUUCAUUGACUCUCAAUACGAGUCUUUAUAUAGAUGAUGUUUUCAUGGGUCUCUGUGCCAAUAAAAUGGGAAUUGUACCACAAUAUCAUGUGUUUUUUUCCGGGGAAGGAAAGGCUCCAUAUCAUCCCUGCAUUUACAACAAAAUGAUGACAUCUCAUGGACACGUAGAGGAUCUUCACCAGCUCUGGAAGCAGGCUACAGAUCCCAAAGUUAAAAACUUUUCUUCGGGGAUUUGGAGUAGAAUAUACUGCAGACUAGUCAAUAUUGUGCUCCUCUGUAAACUGUACUAUGAGGACACAUACCCUUGUUCAGCUGCAUUUUCCUGAUACUUGAAUAUCUGCAUUGAAGAUCCACUGAGCCAAAACAGAACAACUUCUUAGCUGUUUAAUCAAAAAUAUGUGUAAACAUGGAAAGAGGUAAAACUUAAAUGUGAAUAGUUGGAGGUGGGGGGGUGAAAGAUGGUCCCAAAUUCUGUUCAGAAACUCUUACUGGAAUAGCUCUUCUCAUGUACUGCAACUUUUGAGAUUGCAGCUUGUUUUUUUCACAUUCUUCAAGGGAUGCAAGUCUGGAUUAAAGAAAUUAUAAUGGACUUGACUUCUAGACUUUGAAAUGCUUGGUGAAAAUGUCUGUUAGUUUGAACUUGUCAGUCUUAAAGUGUUUUUUUGUAAACAGCAUGUGAGCUAAGCACACAACGGUAAAAUUCUGCAAAACAUGAGGCGGGUAGAACUUCUGACUUUAUGAAUGUGACUAUUACAGUAGUUUAAGACAAUGUAAAUUGGUUACAAAUAUUCACCAUUUUGCAGUGCUUCAUAAAAAGCACCUCAGGAAGUGCACAUUUGAUAAAUGGUGAGUGCCAGAAGUGAAGACCUCCUACAAUCUUUUUCUCUGAGUUUUCUGAAUCUUUGAAAUAGGGAAACAGUGUUUGAGUGCCUCUGAUUUGGUUUAGGUGGCAAGGGAGCUCCCUUUAGAUCAGGACUUGACUUGAGUAAUAAUUUCAUUUUUAUCAUUUUACGUAACUGGUUUUUCUAAUCUUUCUCUGCCUUCUGAAAACUUGAAGCAGUAUAUUUAUAAACAGUCCAAUCUUUAGUAAGCAAGUAAACUAAAUAAGUUUUCUUUUAACAGUGCUUUCCCAUAUUCAUGGUUCUAUAGGCAAAAAGCAAGCAAAAGUCCCCAAGAAUGUUACUUAGCAAAUUUGAAGCUGAAGACUUUACAAAAGCAAGUUGUCAUGCUUGUACUAGCAAAGAAGGAGGAUAUUUUCUGCACAAAGUUUAACUUUGCAGUGAAGGGAUGGGGAGAGGGUGAUCCACAGAAAGUCAGCACACGUAUCAAAAUCACUAAAAUAUUUCUCCUGAAGUCCUAGGCACAAGAUUGUCCUUAAUAUUUCAGGGUAUUUUGUGUCCACCCAACCCUGUAUCUUGAAUAUAUUUCAGUGUUAACAACACCUGUGGGAGGAACAAAACACCUCUGCACUGUAUAGCAGGGUAGAACUCAGUGAUGCUCAAAUUCCAGCCAUUGUGAGUUGUACUGUGGUGCCAUGUAAAUGUUCCAAAGCAACAAAGUUCUAGGAUGUCUGCGGUCUUUUCUUGUAUAGUUCACUACUGGUGUUUUUCACGGACUCUCAGGACAGAUAUUUUGGUUGUUAAUUGACAACAUGUGGUAGCUCUUCUGGAGUGGACAUACAGCCCAGACAAGAUACUGUCCUGAACUGAUUUGACGCCAGACCAAGUUCUAGUGUGGACAGUGUCAAAUUACUUCUGAAAGCUUGAAUGAGUUUAUCAGCAGAGCAGUAACAAUGCAAAAGCUCACAAAUUACCAAGCAUCUGUUUGAAAUGUGCUAAUUACAGGAACAGUGUUACUUGCUUUCUAAGACUAGCCUUCUGUCUAAAGUUUCUUGCUGUGUGGAGCAGUGAGGUACUGCUCUGUGUCUUCUGACUUCACUGUAAAACAGCUAUACAGGACUUGGCAGUUUGAAGCCACAAGUAGUAAACUUUUGUUGAAGUAAUUGCUACCACUCUUGGAGCUGUGUUGCAAGUUUUAAUGGGUUGAAUGGCUAAUGGUGUAUAUUAGCAUAGACAGAAUCCAGGAGUGAGCUUGCUGACUGUUCUCCAAGCUACUGUUUCAGACAGAUGGUAGUAGCUGCUGCAAUUCAGUGACAUAUGUAACUUUCUAUAAUUGGUUUUCCAGAAGGAAAAGAAGAAGAAUCCUAACUGGACCCAAAUGCUGGGUAUAUAACGAGCCCACAAAUAAACCAUUUAUCAGUGUCAGAAUGACUGACGAAUGUAACAGCUAUACUUUAGACAGAACAAAUCCAGUUCCUGUUGUUGCCUAAAGAGAUUAAUUACAGUACUAAGGAUAUAUAUGUGCUUAAAAAGAAAAACCAAACCACCAGCCAACCCUAGAUUUAUAUAACCUGUUGGCUUACAGAGAAAUAAAUGCACAGAUAGAGACAGCAGUACUGAAGGAAAGCUGCAGCAUCAGAUCUCUGACCUACUGCAAGCUGUUUAAACGAAGCUGCACAGCAAAACUGCACUACUAGAAAAAGCCACGCUGUUCACUGUAGGGAAGGAGGGUCUUUAUACACAAUAUAUACAACCAAAAUGUACUACUAAGACUACAGAUUUUUCCAGCAUAACUAUAUGUUGGGAUUUCUUGUUCUCACUAAUACAAGUAAAAGUAAAGAUUUAUGUAGCUUAAAGUUCUAUAGGGUAAUGACCUAGCUAACAUCUAAACACUGCUUGAAUAUCAUCUGGCAUAUCUGAAAGUCGCUUUUGACCAUUGAAAUACUUUGUUUUACAGAUAGUUGGUUUUGUUUGGAUUGUUUCUCAAAACGGCCUUGAUGUUUGUAGUAUGCAUUUUCUUUUGCUGCAGUGAAAAGAAGUUUGUUAAAUAAAAAAAGAAAGCAUGAAGGUACUCCCUUUAAAAAAAAUGGAGAAGCUGGAAAACUUCUUAUUUUCUAGUUCUACACUGACUUAAGAUUUGUACACCUUUAUCUGGAACCUUUUUUAACAAUAGUCUCGGUGCUCCAAUGCAGGGCUGUAAGCUUUUACUUCUACAGAUAAAAACUGUUAUCAGCCUGAAUGGUCACUCCUCAUGAAGAGUUUGACAUUGCUGCACAGCAUAUUUAAUGCUAAAAUUGUUUUUACCUGUAUGUUUGAUUUGCAUCAAUUUCCCUUUGAUAUUACUAAUUUUUAUACAAAGUAUUCAAUAUUUAUUCUUUUCUCUGUACCACAAACAAUUGUUUUGUAAAAUUUGUUCUGAAUAAACAGACAUUUCUUUUUACAAAAAAAAAAAACAACAUGACAAAGGUGGUAAAUAUCUCUUUGCUUUCUCUGUAACUGACAGGCUUGACUCUUGAUGCUUUUAGGUGCCAUUCUCAGUCCUCUCUUAGGAGGAGAUUUCAAACUGCUUCCCUCUCCUGACUUCUUUCUGUUCUACGUUGAACCAAACCUUUUGUGGAAAAGUUAAAAUUGGUUUUCCUAAGAAAGGAGACAGUUCAGAAAAUUAUUUAACAAGCUUCUAGGUCUAAAGUUGGGUAAAACGGCCAAGUAUUGGAAUUUUAAAUCGAUGUUAAGUUCAGUUUCAGAUCACACUUUGCACCUUUUGAAACCUAGCUGAUGAUUUGGAGACCACUGAGUCUUUUCAUGGGGUGUAAUUCAGAUAGGAAUAAGCUGUGUUUUUGUAUGUCUCCAAUUUGUCUAGAACAGUGGGUCAAGCGAGUGUUUUUUAGGAAUGUACUCUUCUGUAUCAAGUAACUUCAGGGUGUACCCAUGCAAGAGAGGGGCAUAAGUAACUUAUCUAGAUCAUACAGAAGAAGAGAAGGAAAUGAAAUUAGUGAGGGUUGUGAGAUUUGGUUUGUGAGUUUGGUGCAGGGUGGUGUGGGUUCUUAAUUGUUCCCUUUGGCCUAGAAACAGUGCAGUUCAACUAAACUAAACUGGGUGUGGUACUUUUUAUUUAACUAAAUGACUUCAGUAUUUGGUGUUAUGGAACGUGUCACUAAUCUCUUUCUCAAGAUGUUGCAGAAAGAGAGGAAAGAUUAUUGCUUGCAGUUGAAGAAACAAGUUUCUCAGAGGCAUGUAGUCAACUGUGAAUGUCCUGAACCACAAUGAGAUGAUAUUUGAUACUGCUUUUUUGUACAUACAGGCAAGGUUUAGUCUAAUGACUGACUUUUGUGUGAGGUAACUAAUGCUUCUAAGGAAAAAAAAAAAAGGCAAAAGAAACUUCCUGUAAGCUCCCACCUCCAAACACAAGAUAGAUCAUGCUUGCUUUUCCAGCUGCUAGGACUGUGAGUAAAUGCAUGCUUGUAAGCAUUCCAGUGACUUGAUUAUAUCUAAUUCAUCAAUCUUUAUGAACCUCAAAAAUCACAAAGUAUACUAUAAAUACAGUUAGCUGCAUUCUAAAGACAGGAAAAUGAUCCUGGCUCACGUGUGCAGCCUUACCUCUUCCUCGUUGACAAGUUCUCAUCACUUUCACUCAUCACCAGGACUCUGUUAGAUCCUCCUUGACUAGCUUCAUGCAUCACUUCAAUCUGAAUAAAAAAGACAUAUUAAAAGUGAAAAUACUGAGUUUCUUGAUGCUUUUAUUUAGAGAAUUCUAACUCUUUAAAGAGUAAACCCCUGAUCCUUCCUAGUCUGGUGAGUCACCGGGCAAGUUAAAAUAAUAGAACUCCAGCUAUGCAGGUUGUAAAUCAAGAGUCUCUCCUCUGUUUCUCUGCUUCCUUGGUCAGUAGUGGCAUGGGAGGCAUUCUUGACUCUACGUGAAGUCUUUACGUUCUUCUGCUGUAGAAGGUGCAUUAUCUCCCUAUGUAGGUAAUUACAGGUGUAAGAGUCUGUUCUUUAGACACUGAAAUACUAGGUUGGGGUUUUUUUGGUGGUUUUUUUAAUGUUUCUGGCCUGUAGCCAACCCAAAGACUUUCAGUUUUUUCUUGGUACAGUGCCAUCUGGAGA